AUGACGGCUACCAAGGCGACCAACAUCACCUUCCACCCCGGCGCGGUCACGCAGGAGGAGCGAGCCCAGCUCCUCGGACAGCAGGGCGCUACCGUCUGGUUCACCGGUCUCUCGGCCUCGGGCAAGAGCACCAUUGCGACCGCCCUCGAGCAGGCUCUCCUCAACAAGAAGCUCCACUCGUUCCGCCUUGACGGCGACAACGUCCGCUUCGGCCUGAACAAGGACCUCGGCUUUGACCCCGCGUCCCGUGUUGAGAACAUCCGUCGCAUCGGCGAGGUCUCUCUCCUCUUUGCCUCGUCGUGCUCUCUCGCCCUGACCGCCUUCAUCUCGCCGUACAUUGCGGACCGCGAGCUGGCCCGCGAGCUGCACGCCAAGCACAACCCUCCCCUCCCCUUCAUCGAGGUCUUUGUCGACGCCCCCAUCUCGGUCGUCGAGCAGCGCGACCCGAAGGGACUGUACAAGAAGGCCCGCGCGGGCGAGAUCAAGGAGUUCACCGGCAUCAGCGCGCCGUACGAGGCCCCCGAGAACCCCGAGAUCCACAUCAAGACGGACGAGGUCGACGUCACCCAGGCCGUCGAGAAGGUUAUUGCGUACCUUGAGGAGAAGGGCAUCAUCCCCGCCCAGUAG